AGUAACAGCAGGCUGUCAGGAUGGGAUGUCGCAGGAGCAGCUGCAGCAGCUCCUCAUUUAGGAGCAAAGAUCUAUACAGAUGACAAGGGGCCUGGUGCCUGCCAACUGUGACACAUGAGGACUUGGCACAGAGCGGUGAGCAAGCGGUGGCUGCGUGGCUUCUGUUCCCAAGGUUUAUAUCCUGAAGUCGGGUCCAGAGUUCCUGGUAUUUGCCGAGUUCAUAAACCAUGUGUUUACAGGGCCUCUUCCCAGGGAGAUCAAAAGCAUCGGCACAGCCACUGGUGAGCCAGUCCUCACGGCCUAGCACGGAAAUUAAAGUAACUACAUAACAGCCUCAAGACCCAACGGGGAAAAUCAAAGGGUCAGAGAUGGAACCUUGGGUUCCCCAGACACAAGGAAGGACCACGGGACCAUCAAGGGAUACAAAUAGAGGACUUCAGAGUGGACAUUAUAGACCCCGUCCGCAUUCUCAGUACAGUGGAGAUAAGUACCACCAAUGGCAAGAUGCCCACAAGAACUCAAAGUCACAGCAGGACCUCAGGGAUGACCACCAGCAGUCUCACUAUGUACCCAGGAGCGGGGAGUGGUCCCAGCCAGUGUCUGGUGCUGACUACUUGAAAGGAUCUUAUCCCAGUCACCUGUACUCAAGGUCAGGCUAUGGGGACCCCUAUCAGAGGUACCACACUCCGACACCGAGGGAUGAGUAUGCCUAUGGAAAUUACUACUACCCCGGGCAUCCACAGCUGCUGCCGGAAGAAAGAGAGGGUGCAGUGGCAAGGCAAGGGAGUCCUUAUAUCUGGCAUGAAGAUCAUGGAGACCAGAGGUACUUCAGCGAGCAUCAUCGGGAGAAGCACAGUGGUACAUUUGGAGCAAACAGUGAUGCCCAGUUCCAAUUUACCAGUAAAAAUCCAUACCGAGACAGCCCUGCUUCUGUGUCUGGACAGGAACAGCCUGGGGAAUUCUUUCCAGAGAGUGAAGCCCAGAAACAAAAGCCAUUGCUGACCAGCAAAUCCAACCUUCUCCAGCAGCACGAGUCUGGGCUCAGCUCUAGUAGCUAUGAGCUCAGUCAGUACAUGACAGCUGCCCCCGAGGAGUAUGAACCUAUGGUGUCAGCAGCUUGGAAGCCUAUUCAGGCUGAUGACACCUCAGCGACAGUUCCCAAGGCACCCAUGAGGUUCUAUGUUCCCCAUGUGUCUGUGAGCUUUGGGCCAGGAGGCCAGCUAGUGUGUGUGUCCCCCAACUCUCCUGCUGAUGGACAAACGGCCCUCGUUGAAGUGCACAGCAUGGAGGUUUUACUUAAUGAUUUUGAGGAUCAGGAGGAGAUGAGAGCUUUCCCAGGGCCCCUUAUUAGGGAGGACAUACACAAGGUGGAUAUCAUGACGUUUUGUCAGCAGAAAGCAACGCAGUGUCUCAAAUCUGAGACACCAGGGAGCAGGGACUCAGCUCUACUUUGGCAACUGCUGGUUCUCCUUUGUCGACAGAAUGGGUCCAUGGCAGGAUCUGACAUUGCUGAGCUGCUGAUGCAGGACUGCAAGAAGCUGGAGAAGUACAAGAGGCAGCCCCCUGUAGCCAACCUCAUCAACCUGACUGAUGAGGACUGGCCGGUACUGAGCUCUGGGACUCGUGAUCUGCUCACUGGGGAGAUUCCCCCCAACGUGGAUACGCCAGCGCAGAUCGUGGAGAAAUUCACCAAGCUGCUCUACUACGGAAGGAAGAAGGAGGCUUUGGAGUGGGCUAUGAAGAACCACUUGUGGGGACAUGCCUUGUUCCUAGCCAGUAAGAUGGACCCAAGGACCUACAACUGGGUCAUGAGUGGUUUCACCAGUACGCUGGCGCUCAAUGACCCUCUGCAGACCCUCUUCCAGCUCAUGUCAGGAAGGAUUCCACAAGCAGCCACGGUUUGUGGAGACAAACAGUGGGGAGACUGGCGGCCCCACUUGGCUGUGAUCCUGUCAAAUCAGGCUGGAGAUACAGAGUUGUGCCAGCGAGCGAUUGUCAGCAUGGGGGAGACCCUGGCUGGAAAAGGGCUUGUGGAGGCAUCUCACUUCUGCUAUCUCAUGGCUCAUGUGCCCUUUGGUCACUAUACGGUGAAGACAGACCAUCUGGCCUUGGUGGGCAGUAGCCACAGUCAAGAGUUUAUGAAAUUUGCAACAAUUGAGGCUAUCCAGCGGACGGAAAUCUUCGAGUACUGCCAGAUGCUGGGCCGCCCCAAAUCUUUCAUCCCUUCUUUCCAGGUGUAUAAGCUCCUCUAUGCCUCCCGUCUGGCAGAUUAUGGCCUGGCAUCCCAGGCCUUGUAUUACUGUGAAGCCAUUGGUGCGGCUGUCUUGAGCCAGGAAGGGAGCAGUCACCCUGUGCUAUUAGCGGAGCUCAUCAAGCUCGCAGAGAAACUGAAGCUGUCAGAUCCUCUGGUUUUAGAAAGACGCCGUGGGGACAGGGACUUGGAACCAGAUUGGCUUGUGCAACUGCGGAGGAAGCACAAGGACCUGGAGCAAAAUAGCACAGGAGCCCUGAGAGAUCCUGAUUUGACUCCUUCAGAUAUUUAUGGAGCUGGAGGAACAACAGACACUCCCUACCCGGAUCUCUCCGGCCAUCAAAACCACUCAGAAGACUCUGAGUACAGCUCCACCUUGUGGUCAACAGCAGAGCAGUCAAGCCUGACCCAUCCCGUCGCUCAGCAGCCUUUCCCCCUGCAGCGAGAUACCUACACAGAGAGAGACGGUUCAGGACACACGGGAACCCCAGUGCCUCUCUACUCAGUUACUGCAACCCACUUGGCAGCGACGAGUGGAGCCAGUGUGGCAGUGACGGGGACUCCUGGGGGAAGGGUUGGAGAGGAUAUGCUGCGGACAUAUCCUGCCUUUGGAGAGAACACAAUGACUCAAGAAACCCUGCAAGAUCCUGAUGGUCUAGAAGUCAUUUCCAGUCCUCAGACAACAGUGGCUCCCAGGGUUCCAAGCUUUUCUGAGGAUUCUGCUGCUUCAGCCAAGGAGGAUGAGGAGGGGUCUUCUGAUGGAGUAGACAAACCGUCUCACUCCGAUGCUUCACAGAAAGGAAAGCUGGGAGAUGGGAAGAAUACAAAGAGCUCGGGAUUCGGCUGGUUCAGCUGGUUUCGAUCAAAGCCUGCCAGCAGUGUGUCCACCUCCGAAGAUGAAGACUCCGCGGACAGUUCUGACUCAGAGGAGUCUCCCAGAGCAUCUCCUCCUCACCAUGCGAGCUCAGGCCUCUCACCAACACCUCCUCUCACAUCCCCAUCCCUGCCAGGUGCCAGCACCUUCUCAAGAGGCACAGGUGGGAGUAUUCUCCAAGAAUCCUCAAACAGUAGUGGAAUUGCUGAAGGCAUGGGGAUUGGAGGGUACUCGGGGACACAGGGUGUUUCUUCUGAGUUCUACUCCCAGCCUGGUGCCCUGCCUCCUCCACCUCCCUUGCAAGGUGCUGUUCCUCUCUACAAUCCAUCUCAGGUUCCUCAGCUUCCCAUUGCUAGUAGCCUGAACCGGCCAAACCGCCUAGCCCAGCGCCGCUACCCAACCCAACCAUGCUGAGAGUGACCAUCUAUCCUGGGUCCAUGAGGAUGACCAUCACCCAUGCUGGGCUCAUCUCCCCAUCCUGGGCUCAUCUUCUGGAGCACAGCUUUCCUGCUGCUUUCUACCUCUCAGUGUCCACCUCACCACCUCAUAUCCACGCCCUUGUUGUGAACCUGCUGCACAGGGGGUGCUUGGAGAUAAAGGACAGGAUUUCCCCAGACAAUAGCUUGGUCCAGUCUACAGCUUAGCUUGGAGUGAUGGGACUCAUAUCAUCAGAUAGAGGAACGGGGCCAAUGUCCAUGGUAGAGUGUCAUGGCAGCAGACUUGAGGUGGAAGCUUGAGAACCUCAGGAAAGUGAAGACCCCAAGAAUCCCAUGGUGAAAACGGAAGGUGAUACUACCAGGCUAUGCAGCAGGAGCUCAGAGCAACAUCCCAGAAUAACUCAGACUCCCUCCUUAGACUUGCUUAAAGACCAGUUUAUGGCUCUUGUUAGCAAAGUUUUUACAUUGAAUUUGAUUAUCACUGCCCUUCAGUGAUUCCCUUUUCAAUGACAUUUCAGCAAUUUUCCUCCCGGUCCUAGUUUUGUGCACAUUUUCUAUGUGGUUCAGACUAAUUAUAUUUCUCUCACUUUCUUAGCGGGUCCUAUUUUUUUCACAUUCUGACAUCUGGCUAUCAAGUUAGAUUGCUGUAGGCAUCAUAUCGUCAUGGUAACUACUGAACCUAAUGAUGCAGAUGGAUGGAACAUCAGUAUAAUAAAUAAUGGAAAGUGUUUCCUAAAACGUCAUCCUUUCUGUAAGAGGGGAGGGAUGAAUGCCUCAUAUUGCUAAUACCUGCCUUCCUACCUCAGGCCUUUGCAAAUUGAUGCUCUGGGAGGGUCACUGGGGCCCCAUGGAGGAGGGAGAUGUCUUGGAAAUUUCCAUUUUUUUCCUUUCAAAACCUCAAAUAGAAAUGAUUCUUGCUGUUUGUCAGAUUUGCUUAAAAUUGCUCCUCACAAAGACCAUUUUUGUAUGUGUAAUUGUACAUAAAAGUUUUGUACUUUAAUGUACUAUGGUUCUGAUGUUGAUAGCGAUUAAAUCCAGAUAAUUUUAUAGCAAA